UUGCUAAAACACUGAUUUUUAUCGGUAUUUUCAUUUCAUAUUUGGUGUGGUACAUUAUAGUUACAUUAAAUUUUCAAUUGCAGUAAAAUUUGUUUAGAUAUUUACGUUAUUUUACACUAUUUUAUUAAAAUUGUUGACGUGUAUACAUAUCUGUCAAAUUUAAUAUUCUUGUAUAAGCCACGUUGGAAGCGGAUGCGGCUCUUAAUUCUGCCAGUUUUCUUAAAUAAAUGAAUAAAACUUGCUAAAAAGGAUACUUAUUGCAGGCUUUAGUGACUAGUUAAAGCCCACAAUGAAGGUGAAAGAUUUAGAACGAACUGCUAAUGUAGCAUGGUCUCCAAAGAGUCAAUACCCAAUUUACUUGGCAGCUGGUACAGCUGCCCAACAACUGGAUGCCAGUUUUAACACAACUGCUGCCCUAGAAAUAUAUUCUUUGAACUUAAAUGAACCUGGACCUGAUCUACAACUGGUUUCGUCUGCGACAAGUGAACAUAGGUUCCAUAAAAUAAUAUGGAGUGAACAAAAUAAUGGGACUAUAAUUGGAGGCUGUGACAGUGGUUUAAUACAAAUUUACAGUGCUUCUAAACUGCUGAAAAAUGAAGAAGCACUUAUCGGAAAAACAGAGAAGCACACAGGUCCUGUACAUGCAUUAGAUAUCAAUCCUUUCCAAGCCAAUUUGUUGGCAACAGGAGCUGGAGAAUCUGAAAUUUUCAUAUGGGAUCUAAACAACACGACCACCCCAAUGUCACCUGGUGCCAAAUCACAACCACUUGAAGAUGUUCUAUCGGUGUCUUGGAACAGACAGGUUCAACACAUAUUAGCUUCCACUUUUGCUUCAAAAUGUGUUAUUUGGGAUCUAAGAAAAAAUGAACCAAUUAUUAAGCUUACUGAUACAGUAUCAAGGAUUAGAUGGAAAGUUGUGGCAUGGCAUCCAGAAGUUGCUACUCAGUUGUGUCUUGCUUCAGAGGAAGACCAUUCCCCCAUAAUCCAGUUAUGGGACUUGAGAUUCGCUACGUCGCCCCUGAAAACUCUGGAAAACCAUCAGAGAGGAGUCUUAUCCGUAGCCUGGUGCAACGACGAUCCCGACUUGCUUGUGAGCUGCGGCAAGGACAACAGAAUUCUUUGUUGGGAUCCGAAUUCGAAUCGACAGAACGGGGAAGUGCUCGCUGAAAUUGCCACCACGAACCAGUGGAGUUUUGAUAUCGCCUGGUGUCCGAGAAACCCUGCACUUAUCGCCUGCCCCAACUUCGACGGGCACGUCUCCAUUUAUUCUCUCAUGGGAGGUAAAACGCAGCAGAUUCAAACCACCAAUAAAAUUGCGGACAGUUUUCCGGGCAUGGAUGGAUACAUACAAGCUCCAGUUUCCCAGACAACGGCGGUGGUCAGUUGCGAUCUUACCAAACCACCGAAAUGGCUCAGAAGGCCGUGUGGUGCUAGUUUUGGCUUUGGAGGAAAGUUGAUUACGUUCGAACACGAUAAACAGUCGGUAGCCAACGCGCAGCAAAACGCCGCCCCUGGUCAACCGAUUCCGAGGGUAAACAGAUCCGUUCAAAUCAGUCAAGUGAUCACUGAAGCAGAAUUCGUUAAGAAGUCGAUCGAGCUCGAGAAAGCGGUCGAAUACGGGAAUUUCACCGAAUAUUGUUUGAACAAGGCCGAUGCCACAGACGAUCAACACAAAAAAUACAUCUGGCACUUUUUGAGAGCACAGUUCGAACAAAACUCGAGGGCUGAACUGUUAAACCUUUUGGGCUAUAGAAUUGAAGACGUCAAUGGUAAAUUAAAUCAGGUUGUUGGCAAAUCCCAAAACAACGUCGACCAGCUCACCGAUGAAUUUUCACGACUUGACGAUUUGAAUUCUGAUCCGUUUAACUCAAUUUCCCAACCAAAAAAGAAGUUGACUUCAUAUAAAAUUAAAACUGGGGAUGAUAAUGAAGGAUUAAUUACCCAAGCCUUAUUACUCAAUAAUGUUGGAGCAGCCGUUGAUUUGUGUAUAAAAGCCAACAGAUUUGCAGAUGCCUUAAUAAUAGCCACCACAGGUGGACCCGAAUUGUUGGCCAAAACACAGCAUCGGUACCUUGAACAGAGUGAGGGUUACAUAUCAGAAUUGAUAACUUCCAUGAUUUCCGAAGACUGGGCAUCCAUUAUUAAUAACUGUGAUAUUAGUAGUUGGAAGGAGGCCUUAGCAGCUGCCUUAACACAUUCUACAGACGAGGAUCUUGUAGUUUUAUGUGAACAAAUGGGUAACAGGCUGGAACAGGAAAGCAAGAUAAACCCAAAACUUGCCCAGGAUGCGCAACUUUGUUACAUAUGUGCGGGCAGCUUCGAUAGAUUGGUACAAUCCUGGAGCGGCAACGCCACCAAAUCCACCGAAACAUUGCAGGAAUUGGUCGAACUCGUCACGUUCCUUCAGAGAGCUGUCGAGAGACAAGGAAGACAGGUUCAGGUUUCGGGUGCUCUAGCUGAACUUUUGUCCAGAUAUGCUUCAUUAUUGGCAGCACAGGGUGAACUGUCUACUGCUGUGGCAUAUUUAGGAAAUUCGGCCGACGAAAAGAUUGCCUCGUUGAGAGACCGCCUUUACGUAAGCUUGGGCCAGAAACCGGCUCUGGCUCAUGAUGUCCGUCAACAGGUGCGUCGUGGAAGCGCACGCACGUCCGUGUCCUCCACCGGGGGCGCGUACGGUCUCCCGCCUUUGCCUUCCCAAUACAGUGGUGUACAGCCUCCUGCACCUGUGCCGGCGCCUCAACCAUCCUACGGUAACUUCAACACCGGUCUGCCUAACGCUACUGCGGCGACACAACCUUGGCAACCGCAACCGCAACCACCGAUCGCCAGUUUCCCGCAACCGCCAACGAGGCCGUUCUCGCCUGCGCCUCAGGCUCCCCCCAGACCGAACAGCGUCGGAUCGAAUCAAGGUUCAUCAGGAUUGCCAUCCAGGAAAUACGUGCUUGAUCCAUCCGUCUCUGCCAACCAGUACGGCCUGCCACCCACCAGGAACCAAUACGCACCGCUACCCUCGCAGCCGGUUCCAUCCUUCCAGAACAAUUACAAUUCGAACGCACCGUACACGCCACCUGCCCUAAAUCCAACACCGCUCGUUCCCAAUCCGUCACUCAAUCCUGUUCCACUUGUUCCAACCUUAAAUCCCGUGAGCCAGGGAUAUAACAGCAUGGCUCCGCCUCCGAUGAGUGGUCAGCCGCCUGUCGAAGCGGGACAACCCGCUACUUCAUUUACUGCCAACGCACCUCCCGGCUGGAACGAUCCUCCGGUUAUUAGCAAACCAUUGAAGGCACAACCUAAAGCUGAAGCUCCGCCUUCCGACCCAAUAACUCACCCCAUUUUCGGUAACGCGCCGGCGCAACCACUGCCGACAAACGGGUACGGUGACAUGGUCGCACCGCCCCUUCAGCCUUACAACCCAAACCAAUACCCUGGACAGGGUGGUGACCCCAACGCCAUGUAUCAACCGCAACAGGCGUUCGCGCCUCCAUCUACCUUCAAUCCCGGACAGUUCAAUCAGAAUGUGGUGAUGAAUGCGGCCACGGCGAAUCUGUCUCAACCAGCCGCCGUCGCGACGCCCGAACCACCGGCACCGAUACAAAAGCCGCCCAUUCCCGAGGAACACAUCCACAUGCAGACUGUGUUCGAUGAGUUGAGAACCAGGUGCAGCUGUGCUUCUAACAAUGCUCAAACUAAAAGAAAACUUGAAGACGUUGGUAGAAAACUAGAAACGCUCUAUGAUUUACUACGAGAACACAAGCUUUCCCCGACAACUCUAGCAUCUCUUCAUCAAAUGAUUCAAUUAAUUCAGGAUGGAAAUUACACAGGAGGCUUGCAUUUACACACCCAACUUGUAUCCGGACCAGAAUUUGCGAAAAUAGCUUCGUUUAUGCCCGGCUUGAAAGUUUUGUUGCAAUGCGCCAUGUCGUUACAAGUCUACUUAAGAUAAAUGUAACUCAUCUUUAGAUGACAAACUUGCAUUUUGCUCCAUUAAUCCGUUUCUACCGGCAAUAUAAAAUUGAGUCAUAACUGAUGAUUAUUAGAUACAUUUAUUUUUUUAAUAAGUCUGUAUUAUACAAAUAUGUAUUUACUAAUAUUGUAUAAUUGUUUUGUUAAGAUAUUUUACAUAUGUUUAUUGUAAGUGAAAAUAUAUAUUAAUGAUCAUUGAAUUUAGUUGUAUGAAGAGGUGCUUUUCAUAUAAAUUUAUUAAUAAGA